ACCGCAGAGAAUGAUGUUGCCAUCGUUGGCAUGGCUUGCAGGGUUCCAGGCGCGGAUUCCUCCUCCAAACUUUGGGACAUACUGGCAAGCUCGAAAGACGUUCAGAAAGAGAUUACCCGCUUCAACGGGGAUGGGUUUUACGCGCCGGACGGAGGACCCCGGAAAGGCUUGACAAACGUCAAACAAUCCUACUUCAUCGAUGGAGAUGUAGAUUGCUUCGACAACAACUUUUUCGAACUAUCUCCGCUGGAGGCCAAUGCCAUGGAUCCCCAGCAGCGUCUGCUCCUGGAGGUUACCUACGAAGCAGUCGAAAACGCCGGUAUCCCAUUGGACAAUUUCCGAGGAACAGACACGGCUGUCUUUGCUGCUACCACAAGUGGGGAUUAUGCUGUCAAUACGUUGCGUGACAUCAAUGCGACUCAAAAGUACACGUCCACCGGAACGUCGAAUGCUAUCAUGGCGAAUCGACUGAGCUACUUCUUCGAUCUUCACGGCCCCAGCCUGUUAAUCGACACUGCUUGCUCGUCCACAAUGGUUGCCUUGCACUACGCCGUAUCUUCUCUGAAAUCAGGCGAGGCGGGUAUGGCCGUUGUCUGUGGCGUCAAUCUUAUCCUCAACCCAGACAUGUUCGUGCAUAUGUCUGAGCUGGGGUUUCUUAGCCCCUCUGGACGCUGUCGAAGCUUUGAUGCUUCUGGCGAUGGUUAUGCUCGUGCUGAGGGAGUGAUUUCCCUUCUGUUGAAGCCUCUCCACCGAGCUCGCCAAGAUGGCGACCCUAUACGUGCAGUGAUCAAAGGGACCAGACUGAAUCAAAACGGGAAGACACAAGGGAUCACUCUUCCAUCCACCGAAGAGCAAAAAGCCAACUUAGAUGCUCUCUACCACAACUGUGGUAUCGACCCGGCCGAAAUCCAAUACCUUGAAGCUCACGGUACUGGAACUGCCGCUGGCGAUCCCCUCGAAUUAGGCGCCAUUAACGCCGUGUUUGCACCGUCGCAUAAAAUUCAGAAGCUUGUGGUUGGGUCUGUGAAAUCCAAUAUCGGACAUCUGGAGUCUUGCGCCGCGCUUGCUGGAAUCGCCAAAACCGUCGAAUGUCUGGAACGAGGCCUCAUACCUCCUCAGAUGCACUUCGAAAAACCUAAUCCAAAGAUAAACUUCUCGAACAUUGAGAUUCCGACAAGCGUUCUUCCAUGGCCUACGUCUAAAAAUGGCGUCCGGAGGGCAGGCAUCAACUCGUUUGGCUUUGGCGGAACGAACGGUCAUGCAGUGCUCGAGUACGUGCCGGGAAAAGCUGAUAGCCUCAUGCCGAACAUGCGUCCCCGGCUGUUCAAGGUAUCUGCCGCGAACGAUUCGUCUUUGACCCUAAUGGCAGCCUCCUAUGCGAAAUAUAUCGAAUCUGGGCAACCCGAUCUGAAUGACCUGGCCCACACACUUCUCGCACGACGGACAACUCUGAAGAAAUCCAUGUUUCUUGUCGCCUCCAGCUCAGAGGAGCUAGUCGGAAAACUCAAGGAUCAAGGAAUCCCUCGCAUAACGAGAUCUAGAGAAUCUAAACCCAAGAUUGGCUUUGUUUUCACAGGUCAAGGAGCCCAGUGGGCGACCAUGGGUAGCCAGCUGUUGAAGGAAAGUCCAAUUUUCCUCUCUACAGUCUCCGAAUGCGACCAGGUCCUCCAGGCCCUACCUGACGCUCCCAAUUGGCGUGCAAUUGAAGAACUGGCCAAAGCAAAGGACACGAGUAGGGUUAGCAUAUCCAGUCUCUCACAGCCGCUGUGUACGAUUCUGCAGAUAGGCCUGGUGGAGUUGUGGAAAUCCUGGGGCAUCAAACCGUGCGCUGUCGUUGGACAUUCUUCUGGCGAGGUGGCUGCGGCAUAUGCAGCGGGCAUCCUAUCCCUUGCUGAUGCUGUUAUUGUCGCCUUCUACCGUGGUCUUUACUUGGGGACGCCAUCCCCUGCACUGUCGACAAAGAAGGGAGCUAUGUGCGCAAUUGGUCUGAAUGAGAUCAAUUGUCGUAUAAUCCUCGAGAAGUACCCUGGACGCGCAUGUUUGGCAGCUGUGAACUCUCCCAGUAGCUGUACACUCUCGGGCGACGAAGAUGCUAUUUCAGCAAUUGCCGAGAGCUGUGAAGCAGAUGGCACCUUCUGCAGGAUGCUUCGAGUGGACAUGGCUUACCAUUCUCACCACAUGCUGCCACUGGCGCCAGUGUACGAGAAUGCCAUGACCAUGGCCGGAGUUUCUCCUACAUCACCGCCCGAGGGAACAUCCGCCGCGAUGUUCUCAUCGGUGUAUGGCGGCCGAAUCAAUCCCAAAUCAUGCAUUCCGGCAUAUUGGAAGGAAAAUAUGACCUCAACUGUCCAGUUCACGGCUGCGAUCCGCGAGAUGAUGCUCCAAGAACACGUCGAUGUUCUUGUGGAGCUAGGGCCCCAUCCCGCCCUAAAAGGCCCUGUUUCAGAUACGAUCGCUGAUUUGGGUCAGGCAGAGUUACCUUACUUUGCUUCGUGCUUCCGUGGAAAACCUGACAUGGUUGCCCUUUUGGAGUCAGUGGGACAAAUGAUCGCUACGAACAUGCCUAUCGAUGCUGCUAGAAUCAAUGCAAAAGAAGAGGCACAUGGUUCCAAACACGCAUACCGCACCGGUCGAGUCCUCACUGAUCUUCCGAAGUAUGAAUGGGAUCAUUCCAGCUCGUUCUGGGCCGAAUCACGUAUCAGUCGCAAUAUUCGCUUUCGCCAUUUUCCCCGGCACGAGCUCCUUGGCUCUCGGAUUGCUGAGGAUACUGCUUUGUGUAUGGGAUGGAGUAAUAUCCUGAACAAGAAGGAGAUUCCUUGGCUUGAACAAAUUAUUCAGGAAACCAAGGACGCUUACCUUACUCCAAGUCUCUUCCUCCUGGAUGCAUGGGAAGCAGCGCGUCAGAUAAAUGUUGUCAAACGUUUCAACAGACCUAUCAUCCAACUGAAGGAGGUUACCAUUGAGAACCAACUUCCUUUAUCCUGGUUCAGAGGCGAGGAAGCUUCUGUCGAGCUGCACUUCGCCUUUCGGAGCCACGAUAAAGCUCCGGGCGGAGAAUUUGAACUAUCUGCGCUCUCUCCAAAGUCUGACGACAGCUGGGUCAGGCUCUGCACUGGGACCAUGCAAUUCCUUGAAAAAGCUACGCAGCCACAGGGCUUCCAGAAACGGGUUGUUCAUGACACCAAGCUCCAGCACUAUCUCAAAUCUUUUGAGGUUGUCGAUACCAGCCUGAUUCACGACUUCGGCAUGGAUGAUUCGAGUGCCCGUGGUCGGCUUCAGGUCAGUGUGAACGACAAAUACCAAUUGGACCCUGCAGCUUUCAGCACAUUGUUGCAAGUCGAAAAACUCAUGAUGCUUAAAUCUGGACUGCCUGGCGAAUAUCAGCUGCGGACCGUCAGUUCCGUAGAAACUGAGAUUGGUCCUUCCUCAUGGAAUGACCCGCGAUUCCUCAUCAACGCUGUCGAAAUGGGUUCCGUAGCAGGCAUGCUAGAUCUCUCAUUUGGGGAUUCCGAUGGCAACUAUAUCGCCUUCCGUGGCAUGGGGUUCGAAAUCGAAGAGCAGACCCAACCGAAGCCUCUUCUGGAGUCGCUAUUUUUCAAGCCACAACUCCUCCAUGACAUAGCGUCACCUCUUUUUUCGGCCGGCCGUGAAGGUGUCCCGGCGAACAUGAAGAUAUCCGAGCUGAUGCUUCUGCUAACGCACAAAUGGCCUAGCGGCGAUGUGGCUCUUGUGAAUAUGGAGCCUACCACAGUUGACGCGAUAGUAUCCUCCACCCCAGGUCUCCAGCAGAAGGAAAGGCCGCGUUUGCGGUCUUUGACUAUUGUUGGAAGCUAUCAAGGACCAGAAAACCCACGGAUCCGUGUGGUGGAGGGUCUGGAUUCGAAAUCGAAGUUUCAUAUGAUGUUUGGAACUAUGGAAAAGCUUCGGCACUCGGUUUCGAUGCUUCUGUCAUCCGGUUUAUUAUGCGUCCAAUUCGACUCCGCUGAGGAACGUGCUUCAUUCGCCGAGUACUUCGACCUCGUUUGUGACAUUGAAGGAUUGACACCGAAGAACUGGAUCCUGGGUCGUCUCAAAUUUUCAAGAAGUUCUAUGGCAUCACGAAAACUAAAAGUCUUCUCCAACCCAUCCAUGAACGUUUCUGCGCUAUCGAAGUCUCUUCAUUUCGAUCAUGCUCCACUACCAAGCCGGGAGGUUGAUAGCGUCAUGCUCCGCGAUUCCGGCAGUUCAAAUGACAAGCCGCGGAGUAUUAUUGUGUUGGACUGCGGUGCAGGAUCCAUUCUUGCGACCAAGUCGGCGAACGAAUGGCUCUCGUGGCUUCAAUGGACUGUUGAGGAUACUGAGACACUCUUAUGGGUUAAUCAGCAAGAAGACACACAGCCAUUUGCAAACGUUGCUGGCAGCUUCAUACGCACCCUGCGUUCGGAGUAUCCAGCUUUGAAGGCUGCAAGUCUUGUGAUCAAAGACCGUCUUCACUCGGAUUCCUUUGCAGAUGUCGUAUCCGAGGUCUAUACUUGCUUGGACGACGGAAAUCCCGAAGUGGAACUGGUGUUCCGGGAUGGAACGCUCCAGUGCCUGCGGUAUAUGCCAGAUGAUCAGCUCAAUGCCUCCGUUGGGCGUGUUCCCCCCGUGAGCACCCAGCAGAGUCUGAUCGAUAAUGAAUAUCGCAUCGCAUCAGCCGGAAGCCGCCGCACUGGUUUACUCUUAGGCCCUCCGGCUAUCCGACACAGUUUGGCUGUGGACUCCGUGGUGGUUGAGACGCAAGCAUCAUCUAUCGAUUUUUCAGAUGCUGUGGCAUUUCAGGACCUCAGCUAUGUGGGCAGGACUGGCACUGGAUUUGGCCUGUUCUUUGCCGGCAUUGUCGUUGCAACCAACUCUCCCGAAUUUGAGCAAGGCACUUCGGUUGUCGGCUGGUCACGCGGCGCACAUCGAUCAUCUAUUGAGGUUCAUGAUACACGCCUCCUUACAAUUCCCGAAGGAUUGUCUGCUGCAGAUGCGGUUACAUAUUUCGCCGCAUGCGCAACAGCAUUUGCCGUAAUUGAUGGAGCAGCUCGCGCUCGACCCGGCGACUCUUUCAAUUUGCAUAACUAUGGGCUUGUUGCCACAGCGAUCGAAAAAGUAUGCCAAGAGUUCGGGGCAACUUUGUCAAAGGCCAGUUUGGCAUCCUCGGACUUUUUAAUCACCUUCGACGGAGCUAGAGGCCUGACAUUCAACGGACGGCGGGUCUCUGUUUGCCACUAUCUCGAGACCACCAGCCGACCACCACUCUUGUCCCCUCUAUUCCAAAGCUUGCUAAAAGACUCCAACUCUCGGUCUUUGCUAUCCGAAACGACUACUUUCACAUUACCAGAACUGCAAUCUGCUUUCAACGAAGGAGCUAUCCGGCCUCUACAGAGCGUUGUCCUUCACUCUGGCAAAGAAAAGGUGCAUAACGUAACAGUAGACUAUACACCUGCACCCCAACUAUUUACAGAUGACGGCGCUUACAUCCUCCUUGGCGGAAUGGGCGGAUUGGGUCGACACCUGGCGACGUGGAUGGUCAUGAACGGAGCCAAGAACAUCGUCACCAUCAGCAGAAGCGGCCUUUCGAGUGCGGAUGCAAAACAAUCAGCGCAGACUGUGGAAGAACUUGGUGGCCGUAUAGUGGCUUUCUCGGUGGAUGUGACAAACUCCCAGGCCCUGGACGAUGUUAUCUGCAAAGUUCGUCAGCAACACAAAAUUCGCGGCUGCCUCAACCUGGCAAUGGUCCUCCAGGAUGCCCCGUUCAUGAAGAUGACCCCAGAGAUGUGGGAUCGUGCCCUGAGACUCAAGGUAGAUGGUUCAUGGAACCUGCACCAGUCCACUUUGAAAGAUGAUCUGGACUUCUUCAUUCUCUUUUCCUCAAUUGCCUCCAUCACCGGUAAUCGUUCCCAAACAAACUAUGCAACUGGAAACGCAUUCCAGAAUGCUCUCGCAACUUAUCGGCGCUCUAUCGGUCUGCCUGGCGUUUCCAUCGCACUGGGAUCAAUAAGCGAGAUUGGUGUCCUGGCUAAUGAUCGAACCCUCCUCACCUACUUCAUGCAGAUGGGACAUGCGUAUAUCGGGCCGGAAGAGUUGGAAAAGGUCAUGGAAGCUGCCAUCUACGAGUCACACAGGCAUAACGGCCCUCCUAUAAUUUGUUUAGGUUUCGAGAUGUUCGAGGCCCUUGACGGCAUUAUUCAGAAGAAGCCAGAACAGAAUCAGCUUUUCUGGACAGACUUUCCGGAGUUCAGCCAUCUGCUUGAUCACAAGCUGAGCAACUCCGAGGCAGCUACCGAGUCGCUGAAGGAAAGGCUGCACACUUUGGGCCCGGAUGAGGCGCAGAACGUCCUUACCGAACACUUCCUGCAAUGUCUAGGAAGCCUUCUGGGAUAUGAUGUCAAGGACUUCGAUCCUGAAUCAUCCAUUGCAGUUUACGGCCUGGAUUCCCUCAACGCAAUGUCGUGCAGAUAUUGGUUCUUCCAAAAUCUUGCUGUUGACGUACCCGUGUUCGACGUACUUGGAUGUAAGUCAAUUCACGCUCUUGUAUCGAGAGUCAUCCAAAAGCUCCGGGACAGCCAAGAUGGACCCAAGGACAGCAUCAUCCCGCAACCCAUUUCAAAUCAUGAUCUGGAAUAUAGGCCGUUGUCUCACUCCCAACGCCGUCUCUGGUUCCUGCACAAGUACCUUCCGGACAAAACAGUUUACAAUCUUCUGUUAGUGUGUCAUAUCCAAGGAAUCGUCAACAUACCUUUCUUCAAAAAGGCAUGGUCAGUUCUUCUGACGCGUCACGAAGCUCUUCGCUCUCGCCUUGUGGAUACGGAUAAAGGUUUACAGCAAAUUCCAAUGGCACUUGAAGAGUUUCCGAUUACCGAUGUCACUGCAAAAGAAGAAGACCAUCAGUCCGUUGUCGAGGAAAUAACUGCAGUUGCCCGGUCACACGAGUUUGACAUUGAAAAUGGAGAGCUUGUCCGAGCUUGGCUGUUGCAAUCGCCGCUUGGUUGGAGUUUCUUCUUAACAUCGCAUCAUCUCGCUUGGGACCGUUCGUCUGCUCCGACGAUCUUUGCCGAGACAACAAGUAUCUACAAGGCCCUGGUAGCCGGCCAGCCCGCAGAUUCCGCUUUGGUUCCGCUGAAGUUGCAAUUCAUUGACUACACUUUGUGGCAAGAAAAGUGCCUAGAGACUCCUCAGUUCAUAAAUCCUCUCGUAAGUUACUGGAAAAAUCAGCUGAGCGGUAUCCCCGAAUCUGUUUCUCUUCUUCCAAUGGCAUUGAAAGACAAGCGGCCCGUUGUGAAGCAGCUCCAAACGGACCAGGUCUCUCUAGUCUUCGACUCGGGCCUUGGUCAAGCCAUCAAGCGUUUUUGUGCGCAACGUGCGGUGACGCCCUUCAUGUUCAUGGCUUCAAGCUUGAGCGCACUAGUGCACCGACUUACCGGGGACGAAGACGUAGUGAUUGGAAUAGCAGAUGGAGACAGAGGACACCCUGCGUUUGACGAGUUGAUUGGAUUCACUGUCAACAUGCUGCCGAUCCGAAGCAGGACGGGUCCGUCAAGGCUCUUUUCUGCAAUUCUCGAGGAUUACCGGAAGUCUUGUCUGGAAGCAUAUGAGCACAGCGCCAUGCCGCUCGACUUCCUUUUGUCACAACUCGAUAUCCCUCGGAGGACAUCUCACAGUCCCGUUUUCCAGAUGACCGUCAACUAUCAGAUGCACGGAUCUUUCCCUCAGUAUGAUUACGGUGAUUUCAAGUUUACCACAUACGACCAUUACAAUGCCCGCCAGCAGACCGACUUCAGUUUGAACGUCGAGGAAACAGCCACCGAAGAGUUGGAUUGCGUCUUUGAAUUCGACACUGCUAUUUAUGACCGCCAAGGCAUAGCAGACAUGGCCGAGAUCUACCGAACCUUCAUUGGUAACAUCAUCGCUUCUGACGGGGAGCUUCCGCUGGACCAGAUUGACCUUAUGUCCGCCUCGGAUCGAGAUUAUAUUACAGACCACCUGGAACAAGCCCCAGAUCGCGAACUGAUCGAAUCAUGCAACCGAUCCCUCUUCCCCGUCCUGUUUGAGAAGGCGGUAUCGAGUCAUCCUGACAAGACGGCUGUUAUUGAUGAGUCGCGCCAUCUCACCUGGGGAGAAAUGGACCUAUUAACGAAGCGCAUCGGCAAUGAUCUCCUUCGGGGCGGCGCAAGUCCCGGAGAGGCUAUAGGUGUUUUUGCGGAGCCAAGCGCCGACCUCGUCCUCGCAGUCUGGGGUAUUGUGCGGAUUGGGUGCGCCUAUGUACCAAUCGAUCCUGACUUUCCCGAUGAUCGUAUUCUCUCCAUGAUGGACGACGUCGACAUGCAGAGAGUCCUCGUUGACGGGCACAAGAAUCGCGUUCAGCGCAUGGUCUCUUGCGGGCUCAGACUUGCCAAUAUCUACGACAUCAGCCAGACAACUGCAUCAGACCGGAAUGAUGUAUGCUCCACCUCAACUCCAAAUAUCAAGGAAACCGAUUCAUUCUGCUGUGUCUUUACCAGUGGCAGUACUGGGCGUCCGAAGGGUGUUUUCAUCAGGCACGGCCAAUUACGUUACCACCAAGAAGGCUACAACGCCACAUUGAAAACAACUUCAGAAGAUCGCAUCCUUCUGGCCUCAGCAAUGGUAUUCGAUUUGUCUCUAUGUGCUAUUUAUGGCACUGUGCUGUACGGUGCAACCAUGAUUGUAGCGUCUAGGGAAGCUCGUUACUCUCCAUCCAAAAUGGUAGAUUUGGUUAUUGGCGAACAGAUAUCGAGCUGCAUCUUUACCCCAACGCAACUGACGAUUUUGCUGGCGGCUUCGAACCGGACGAAACUCCAAGAAUGGACGUGCCUAAGAGCACUCGCCUUGGGUGGCGAGGCAAUAUCAUCCCAUCUCAUGCGCGAUAUGUAUGACUUGAAGCUACGGGACGCAGCGUUCUUCAACGUCUAUGGGCCUAGUGAGACCACUGUAUCCGCCUCGGUGGCAAGGCUGACUCCAGAAGAUGCUCAUCGUGAUGUCGGCCUGGCUCCUCCGCAUUUCCCAGUUGUGCUUUACAUUCUGGAUGAGAGAGGAAACCGUACACCCGUUGGUGUUCCCGGAGAGUUGUGGAUUGGUGGUGCAGGUGUGAGCAGCGGGUACGUGAAGCGUGAUAGCCUUACUGAGCAGAUGUUCCUCCCAAAUUCUUUCAGCAAAAGUGGCCUCAUCUACCGCACCGGAGACCAGUUUAGCCUAGAUCGAAACGGUAUACUGCAUUACCAGGGACGAAUUGGAGGAGACCGCCAGAUUAAGAUACGAGGAAUGCGCAUCGAACUCGGGGAGAUUGAAACGGCCUUGUGGGACCUUUACGAGGAUAUUAUCGGGAAGGAAACGCCACCCCUGGUGCACCUUGCUGUUGUGUACCAUAAAAAAGGGAACACCGAUGGCGUCCUAACCGCCUAUCUGGCCAUAGGAGACCUCCCUAUGAGCAUCUCACUCGAACGGUCACUAGGGAGUUACUUUACUUUUGGUUUGAAAACACGACUUCCGAUCCAUAUGAUUCCUAGCUCAUAUGUCUUCCUGGCGGACCUCCCGACAACGGUUUCCGGAAAGACUGACUACAAGACCAUCAGCUCGUGGCCAGCGCCUCCACGAGUUGCGCUCGACUCAAUGAGAGCUGGUGAAAAACCCGAGCUUACAAAGACCCAAGAAGGCAUUGCUACCGUCUGGAAAAACGUCCUUGACAUCGACGGAGACAUUUUCGCCGACGACAACUUCUUCAGUCUUGGUGGUCAUUCCCUCCUCCUGAUGCGAGUACAGGCGGGAAUCGAGAGUAAAAUUGGUAUCACACUUUCCCUUUCCGCCAUGUUCGCAGAGCCAACCGUUCGAGGGAUGGAGAAACUGUUGCAGUCUGGCCGAAAAUAUUUCGACCCAUCCAGAUAUGACUGUAGUGACGACGACACUACGGAGUCUUCAAACGAGUCGUCAAAUUCCUCAUCACAGGACCAAUUGAGCAGUAUCUCAUCUGGUUCUCAGAGUAGGACGGUCGACUGGAAGCAAGAAGCUAUCCUGGAUUCGCAGUUCGACUGGAUUAUUACAGACUUUCCCAACCGCCCACUUGAGGCCAUCGCAAUGACUGGUGCCUCUUCAAUGGUCGGUGUCCACUUUCUGCAUCAGGUUCUUACCACGACGCAAAACACGAUUUACUGCUUGGCAGAAGAUGCAGCAUCCCGUAAGGAAGCACAUGAGCGAGUUUUUUCCGCACUCAAAACCCAUGGACUUUAUGAGACUAUACCGGAUGGUGCAGAAGAAAGAAUCAUUGCUUUCCCGGGUAGUCUCACCCAUGAGGCGCUCGGGUUGGCAUCAGCCGAAGUAGCUAUGAUUGACGCCAAGGCUGGGGAAAUUUACCAUAUGGAUUCUGACGUCUCACUCCUCAAGAACUACGACGGAUUGAGGGCGGGGAAUGUCGGAGCUCUAAAGUUUCUAGUAUCCCUAGCACACGGAAACGUCGGAAACUUCAAGGCAAUCCACUACCUGUCAACUUGGGGUGUACCUCACUUGCAAGCAUGGCUCGGGACCAAGAUGUCCCAACCAGAGAUCCUUCGGCAUGAGCAAGAAAUGUCUCACAUGGAACCGGAUGCGGAUUGCGGGCUUGCGUAUCUCAAGGCGCGCUGGGUGUGCGAGAUGCUUCUCUAUGAAACAGCGCGGCGCGGUCUUCCCGUGACAAUCUACCGGUCAAGCAUGUGCGGCAACUCCCCAAGUUCCGGGCUAGGCUUGAAGCGCACCGACAUCAACCGGCGCAUUCUCGAAGGCAGCCUGCAGACGGGCUUGGUACCGGACUUUGGCAGCGCGGACGGCGGCGGCAUGAGCUGGAUCACAAGCGAUUUCCUGGCUGGCUCCAUCGCCCACCUGUCGUUGCUUCAUCGCGAGACGCGCCCCGUCGGACAGGCACGCAUUUUCCACAUUGUCGCUGACAACCACAUUCCUUACGACGACUUGGCCAAUAUACUGCAGGUUUCGUAUGGUGGGCAGAGGUUGCGGACUGCUUCGCCCGAAGAGUGGUUCUCAGCCAUGCGCGCCACCGGGAAUCCGGAAAUGGCAAUUCAAGCCGAAGUGUUGAGCGAAUGGUGGCAGGCGGGUUGGCUCCCUUUCGCUUUGGAUGCUUCCAAAUCGCGUCGUGCCCUUAGCGAAGUAUGGGACGGCAAGCCACCUGUUGUAGACAGGCAAUUUCUUUUGAAGAGUGUAAUUGGGGAGCCGAAUUUCUAGAUUGUUUCUUUUUGUUGGAUUGGGAUUUGCUUCGUUCCCUUUCUUUUAUUCCCAUUCUAAUUCUUUUUAGUGUUCGUUUCGCUACCUUGUAAAAUUGCGAGUUAUGGUAUACGACUUAGAGGGGC